UAAAAUGUAUCAAUUUUAUACUGCAUAAUUCAUAUCUCCGUUGGGCAUAUAAAGUUUAUUGUCUUCACUUCGGAGAUUACCAGGAAGGAAUCGCAUAAUAAAGUAAGAAGUAAAGUGGCCAUCCCAUCAUAAACAUGAAGGAGAGUGCUAAUUUAGUGAAGAGUGGGUUUAGGCUGGUCGUGAUUGCGAUACUGACAGCUUCUUCCCUGCGGGUCUGUGAGGCCAAGUCUACAGGAGCUCCUGUCUCCGACAACCCUGGUAUAUGCUCCUCAAUGAUCCCUAUCGGUCAUUAUAUCGGCUCUUCGAGUGAACCUAUUCCCUAUACUAUAACGGCAGAUGUCAACACCUUCUCAGCCAGUCAACAAGUCACAGUUUCCAUUUCCACAGAUGCUAUGUCGGAUCCUUUUAAAGGAAUCUUCUUGCAAAUGAGGAACGUAGAUGACGAUGCUAUUGUGGGGACUUGGAACGUGGAGGAUACCACUAACUUCCAGGCUGUGUCAUGCGAUGGGGCAUCAAAUAACGCGCUUACACACAAAAACUCUGUCCCCAAAGGUCUGACCAACACAUUUAAGUGGAAUGCACCUGCAACCAAACUGUCUGAUGUCAAGGUCGUCGGUACACUUGUACAACAGUACAAUACAUUUUGGGUUAUGGUUCAAGGACCCACGAUUCAACAUGUUCAAAUUUCUAAUGCCUGCAAUCCGAACCCGUGCCUUGCUGGUGGUACAUGCGAACUAUCAGGUGGGAGCUUCAUGUGUAACUGCAUACCUCCAUACGCUGGACCAACCUGUCAUUACCUUGUGUUUCCUUGUGAUUCCAAUCCAUGUCAAAAUGGUGGGACGUGUGAAGAUGUGAAUCAAGAAUCAGAAUUUGUCUGUUCCUGUGCGCCCGGCUACGCCGGUACUACCUGUGAUAAUCAAGUUUUCCCCUGCGAUUCAUUGCCUUGCUUAAACGGAGGGGUGUGCCAGAAUGUAGAUCAAAACACAGAGUUCUUGUGCGAAUGUAGUGGAACUGGUUACACGGGACGUACAUGUGCAGACGUUUCAAAUGCCUGCGAUCCGAACCCGUGCCUAUCUGGUGGUACAUGCGAACUAUCAGGUAGGAGCUUCAUGUGUAACUGCAUACCUCCAUACGCUGGACCAACCUGUCAUUACCUUGUGUUUCCUUGUGACUCCAAUCCAUGUCAAAAUGGUGGGACGUGUGAAGAUGUGAAUCAAGAAUCAGAAUUUGUCUGUUCCUGUGCGCCUGGCUACGCCGGUACUACAUGUGACAAUCAAGUUUUCCCCUGCGAUUCCUUGCCUUGCUUAAACGGAGGGGUGUGCCAGAAUGUAGAUCAAAACACAGAGUUCUUGUGCGAAUGUAGUGGAACUGGUUACACGGGACGUACAUGUGCAGACGUCGUUGCCUGUAGUUCUGACCCCUGCAUGAACGGAGGAACUUGUAUUGGCAGUAACCAGGAUUCUGAGUAUACAUGUAACUGCCCCGUGGGAUAUGCUGGCACACGAUGUGGAACAGCUGUCAGUCCAUGCGAGGAAAACUCUUGCGAGAACGGGGCAACCUGCAAUGGGAUUCCUGGUGGUGAGGCGUACACCUGCACCUGUCUUCCAGAAUAUACUGGUACCCUAUGUGAAACAUCGCUUGUCACUACACAAGCUUCUACUUCAGCAUCAACAACAGGACAUGGAAGCAAGAUUACCUACAACAUCUGCACCUUGGUUGCCACAAUUUCGAUCCCCCUCUAUGUUCUCUGAUUACGUAAUAAAGCAGAAAAAAUUAUUGAAUCCGGCAGUAUUUCAGGAGCAGUAUGGAGAGAAGAAUUAGACUAGAAUCAUUUACUUUUAACUUGCUUUUUAAAUGAGAAUCGUCUUUGGCUGGUAUGUGGAGGAGAACAUCGCAUGAUUUUUUAUGCUAUUUUUAUGCUUGUUAUUUAUAUAAUUUGUAAUGACUAUUAUUAUGAUUAUUUAUGCUAAAAUGAUUCCAUUUAAUAAAAAAUUAUAUUUAUCUGCAGUAAGCAAAAAGGACAUUCAAUUGCAAAAGGAACCAAGUCCAGAAUCGCUUUAUAUCUUAGCUGAUGUUUACAUGUUCUUUAUAGGGCAUUAUUAGAUGUUAUUUACUUCAUGCGAACGUGUUAUAAAAAGGAAAAUUGAAAGCGUCAUUUUAAAAGACAAAUAUAUAUAUAUUGUCAUUGUUCAAAACCCACCUUCACCCGACAAAGGAAAUUAUAGACAUUUUUUCGGCAUCACCAAUUUGUCCAAAGGGUAGAUAGUUCUGGGGAACCUUGAUUUAAGCUACGCCUAUCAUUCUUCUUUGCAUCCAUUUCUUUACAAUAUUUAAAUAAAAGAGAUGCCAAAGCUGUUGUACAUGUAUAACUUCACAUAUAUAUAUAUAUAUAUAUGCAUAUAUACAUAUGCAUAUUGAAUAAUUAACUUGUUAAAUGUUAUUGUUCCUUAGAAGGUUAGCUAAGUUAAAAAAUCAGAUUUAUCAAGAUUACAUUGUUUAUUGUUGUGAUUUUUAUUCUACAUUACAAAGUAGCCAUUAGCUUUAAUAAUCAAACACCUUGCUUGUGUUAUCAUUGUAACGGAUCAAUGAGUUAGAAUCAUUGGAAGGGGUACCAUGUUAGUUCUAGUAUCGUACUACUGUGUGUCUUAUUUACUCAAUCUAAUGUAUUCAUCCUGUACAGAGUAGCACAAAAUUAACAUGGGUUCCAUAGUACAACAAAGUGAUUUAAACUAAAAAUGUUCAAUAGCGAUGGUAAGUCUACUAAAUGAAUAUUUAUGAAUAUUGGAAAAUUGUGUCUACUUUAUUUGCACUAUGUUACUCGUAAAAUGAUGAUACUGUAUAGAUGUAUUUACUUGAAUUAACAUAAUAAAGACAACUAAAAAAAUAUUCUCAGAAAGGCUUCUCGAAUUGAUCGUUUAUCAAUUUAAUCAACGGUCAUUCUCAGAACUGUAUAAAAUCCAUAUAAGAUGUGUUACUUUUUUGCGCCGAUGUUACAUGUAGUAACUUAAUGAACGCCGGUGUUAAUAAACAGGUGUAAACAUUCAAUCUUCAGAUCUAUGGAUGAAGAUGAGGUUAAAAAACAUUAAAAUAUUGAGUGAUAAUAUUAAUUA